AUGAAUAAAAUCAGCCAGCAACUGAUCCUUGAUAUGUCGGACGUUAUGGACCUGGCGACUCCUAAUUACUCGACACCCAUAAUUAACACAACUUAUGUGGCCAGUCUGCAAUUCGACAUGCGAGCCAUGGGCCCGCUAUACAACUCCACACAUAUGAUCAUCGACGCUAUCGCCAAUAAACAAGCUUAUCCUGAAGGUUGUCUUCUUGAAGGUUCCCGGCUACCGCCCGAUGUGCCACCCAGAAACCCGACCAUAUCUCGGCUGAACGGCCGCAUAACGGGCAACCCCGCCGACCUCGCUGACUUCGAACCGUCGUGUUUGGUCCGCACACCUUCGGGAAACUUCUACGUGCCUUCAGGAGACAUCCAAAAAAAUCCUUCAAUGGAUUACAAGUCGAAUUCGUCGUGCAGCAGUCCGGGGAAACAAGACAAAAACACCCUGGAGAGGAUGGAUCGGGGCGACCGGGCCCAUCCCGCGUUCGGAGCCCCGGUGCCCGUGCUGCCUGUGAGGAACAACCUCAGGGCCACCCACUUCCCUCCGACCGCUUCCAGGUUCCACUUCAGGAAGGGCCUCUCUUCACGGUGCUCGUGGAAAUGCACCGCUAUCGUCUUUAUAAUACUCUUCGUUCUACUUUUAGCGAUCGCUUCUUAUAUGUCAGCAUCUUACUUCGUCAACUGGUCAUAUCAAAACUCGAAAGCGUGCACAGUUAUAGUUGGCGAAUCGACGGAGAUGUUCUCGGCUUCGAAAGCGACCACUCUCGAAGCGAGCAACAAAUCUCUCGCGAGACCUCAUCAGGGCUCGUCCUCGUCGAGCUUAGGUAACGAGCAAAACCAUUCCCGACACCGUAGGAGCGUAGAUGUAGAAGGGCAUGCUUCUGUACAACCUAUCUCUACUAUGGAUCUUUCCACUGCUGUAAAUAGUGUGCAUGAUAUCUCUCCGCCUUCCACUGUUAGCUUGCCGCAUGGUGUGACGUCGACCACUUCCGCUCAAGUAAGUGAAGAAAAUGGGGAUGCUAAUGCUUUUGUGUCUGCUAAUACCGGUGAUCUAACCAAGGGAUCGCUUACAACGCGUGACGACGACAAAAUAACAACGGUACCUAGUUCGACUGUAAGAGUUACAAGUGCUAUUAAUUUGAAUGAAAAUUUUGAUAAUGCUGAUGAUGUAACAGACAAAACUAAACCAUUACAUGUUAACCGACUAAUUGAAAUUCCGGUUUUCGAAAAAUUCACUAUGGCAACAAAAAGAGAACAAGAGGAUAUUGCUUACGAUCCAGACGACAUGCAAGGGGACGCUUUCCCAUCUAUAUACGCAUACGGUAAUCAAAAGCGUCAAUACCUUAAAAUUUUAGAGAGACUAAGAGAGGCGUAUCAAAAAAUUCAUAUCUACAACGAUACGGUGAAAAUUGACAAGAAUUUAGAUAAAUUUCAUUAUGAUAGUGACAAUAAUGACAAAAUUGACGCUGUUCCUAAAACAACAUCAACUGUAAAAGUAAUAGCUGAUACUGAAACACCUGAAAUGAUUCAAACUAAAACAAGUACAGAAACAUCUUUAACCAGUGAAAUAACCGUUAAGACUCCAGUAAUAACUACACCAAUAGUUAGGGCUGUCACGCAGAAUGAAUUUAAUUCACCCGAGUUUGUCACUACUACACCAGCACCGAGUGUUUUUACUACCAAUAACCUUAUCACAACCACAACAACAGCCACGCAGGAAGCGUCGGAUGAAAAUGUAACACCGACUGUAAAUAUAGCUGAAGCGAGAACCUCGGAUGUGACUAAUCCUAAACACGUUUUAAUUAAUCUAACAAUAUCAGCUGAUGACGCCGAUUCGUCCUAUAAACCGCUUUAUUCAUUGACAGUAACAGUUCCAACUGUAGGAGCCCCGAAUGAGUUACCUACGGUCAAAAUUACUCCAAUGGACGUUCAGCCAACGCAGUCCAUGAAAUUCGAUAAACCUGUUGUACUAGAUGGAAUAAGUAAUCAAGUUAACACAACAACUGAAGUACCAAAAGUCGCUACGAUUGAGAACACUGAAGAUUGGGGUGGAAUCUGUGAAUGUUCUUGCCCGAUUUGUGGCUCUAACAACACAGAUGAUUUUUAUGAUGAUUACACAGACAAAUCUAGUACAACGGAAAGUAUUCCAGCUUCAACUGAGGGUGUAGAUAGUACACCGAUAGAAACAACGACAGAAAAUGAACCAAUUGAAAGCAAAACAGAAACAAAUCCGGAAACAACCACAGAAACUCUAUCAACGACUGACCUCAUUGAUACAGACUCUACAAUGGAACCGACAACAUAUCCUGAAGCUUCGACCACAGAAGUCACACAAUGUGUCUGCCCAAAAGUUAAUCCUCCCAUUAUUCUAAUAUUAGAAGGUGGGCGGACCUUUCCUGCUCAGUCGUUCCCGCCAGACGGAACGACAUUCAAACAAAUAACUUUAGGCGAAAAAUUAUCAAAAGAAAUCCCUCCAUAUAGUUAUUGGAACAUGCAGUUCUAUCAAUCACAGUCUUCGUACGUGAAUUUCGACUACUUGAUACCGCGUGGCGCGUCGAUUGGUGUUUACGCGAGGAGAAACGCGUUGCCAACGCACACUCAGUAUAACUUCUUAGAGGUCCUGACCGGAUUCAAGGCUCGGACUACGAGAGCCUCGUAUCCAUCCGUAAAGAAAGAGGUAACCCAUUAUAUGGAACAAGGACCCUGGUUCCUUUCUUUGUACAACGAUGACGGCGACCCUCAGGAGAUCUCGUUCGUUGCAUUGGUAGCUGAAGAAAUGACGCACAACUGUCCUAAUGGAUGCUCUGGAAAAGGAGAGUGCCUGAUGGGCCAUUGUCAAUGUCAGCCCGGCUUCGGAGGCGACGAUUGCAGCAAAAGUGUGUGCCCUGUCCUCUGCAGCCAACGUGGCGAGUACAUCAACGGCGAAUGUCAAUGCAACCCGGGCUGGAAAGGGAAGGAAUGCUCACUGAGACACGACGAAUGCGAGGUACCGGACUGCAACGGGCACGGCCAUUGCGUCAACGGAAAGUGCUCCUGUGUCAGAGGAUACAAGGGGAAGUUCUGCGGCGAGAUCGACUGUCCCCACCCGACGUGCUCGGGUCACGGGUUUUGCAUCGAAGGAACCUGCGUCUGCAAGAAAGGAUGGAAAGGAGCCGAUUGCGGGACUAUGGAUAAGGACGCUUUGCAGUGCUUGCCGGAUUGUUCGGGACACGGAACCUUUGACGUAGAUACACAGACUUGCUCUUGUCACGCUAAGUGGUCCGGGGAGGACUGCUCUAAAGAAGUGUGUUCGUUGGAAUGCGGUCCGCACGGGCGCUGCGUUGGGGAGUCGUGCUCGUGCGCCGCGGGCUGGUCGGGCGAGUUCUGCUCGGUGCGGCUGUGCGACGCGCGCUGCGCUGAACACGGCCAGUGCAAGAACGGCACGUGCCUGUGCGUGUCGGGAUGGAACGGACGACACUGCACGCUGGAAGGGUGUCCGCGCAGCUGCGCCGGCCACGGACAGUGCCGCGUGGACAACGACGGCCGCUGGGAGUGCAAGUGCUUCGACGGCUGGGACGGCCCGGACUGCACCACGCUCAAAGAACAGAUCUGCGACGACUCCAGGGAUAAUGAUAAAGACGGACUAGUGGACUGCGAAGAUCCAGAGUGCUGUCAGAGUCCAGCCUGCAAGAGCAGUCAGCUCUGCGUGUCGUCACCCAAACCCACAGACAUUUUGCUCCGGAAGCAGCCGCCUGCCAUAACCGCGUCGUUCUUCGAGCGAAUGAAAUUCCUCAUAGACGAGGGUAGUUUGCAAAAUUACGCGAAACAAGAGACGUUCAACGAAAGUAUGUUUUGGAAUCACUUCAACACGAGUCGCUCAGCGGUGAUCCGUGGUCGUGUGAUCACGACCUUGGGUUCUGGAUUAGUCGGAGUCAGGGUCUCGACGUCUACUCCUUUGGAAGGCUUCACUCUGACGAGGGAGGAUGGUUGGUUCGACCUCCUGGUUAAUGGAGGCGGAGCUGUGACCUUGCACUUCGGUAGAUCGCCGUUCAAAAGGUCCACACAAGUUGUCUUCGUGCCGUGGAAUGAAGUGGUGAUCAUCGAAGAAGUGGUUAUGACCACAGCUGACGAAAAGACGGGCAUGGGACCUCCUCAGGCGUGUUUGGCUCACGACUACGAUAUGAUGAAACCCGUUGUUCUUGCCACGUGGAAACAUGGAUUCCAGGGCGCUUGUCCAGAUAAAAGCGCUAUACUGGCCGAAUCACAGGUGGUCCAGGAAAGUCUGCAGAUACCAGGAACUGGCUUAAACCUGGUAUACCACAGCUCUCGCGCAGCCGGCUACCUCUCCACCAUACAACUUCAGCUCACCCCCGAAAUAGUUCCACCGACUCUAGCCCUUAUCCACCUGCGCAUCACCAUCGAGGGAAUCCUCUUCGAGAAGACUUUUGAAGCAGAUCCGAUCAUAAAAUUCACUUACUCGUGGAAUCGUCUUAAUGUGUACCGUCAAAGAGUGUACGGAGUGACCACGGCUCUGGUCAAAGUCGGUUAUCAGUACACGGACUGCAAGGACAUCAUAUGGAACGUGCAAACGACAAAGUUGAGCGGCCACGAUAUGAGCAUAUCUGAUGUUGGUGGCUGGAACCUGGAUAUACAUCAUAGAUACAAUUUCCAUGAAGGUAUACUCCAAAAAGGCGACGGCACCAACAUCUACCUGAAGCACAAGCCUCGUCUCAUCAUCACCACAAUGGGAGACGGCCGCCAGCGUAAGCUUGAGUGCGGCUCCGAAUGCAUCGGGCCGGCCACUAAACAGAGGCUACUGGCUCCGGUCGCGCUCGCCGCCGCUCCUGACGGGUCCAUCUUUGUCGGAGACUUCAACCUGGUCAGGAAGAUCAAUACCGAUGGCACCGUGCGGACUCUGGUCAAAUUGAACGCCACUCGUGUUUCUUACCGCUACCACAUGGCGCUCUCACCGCUGGACGGGACGCUUUACAUCUCCGACCCUGAAUCACACCAGAUCAUCAAGGUCCACAACACCGAAGACUUCAGCGAUCCAGAACAUAACUGGGAAACUGUAGUUGGGUCUGGUGAAAGAUGCCUUCCUGGAGACGAAGCGCACUGCGGAGACGGUGCAUUGGCUAGGGACGCCAAGCUCGCUUACCCCAAAGGCGUGGCCGUUUCAGUGGACAACGUUCUUUACUUCGCGGAUGGCACCAACAUCCGUAUGGUAGACCGUGACGGAAUCAUCACAACUGUAAUCGGAAACCAUAUGCAUAGGGCCCACUGGAAACCGAUCCCUUGUGAGGGGACUCUGAGUGUUGAAGAAGUUCACUUGCGCUGGCCAACGGAACUAGCCAUCAAUCCUUUAGAUAACAGCUUGCACAUAAUAGAUGACCACAUGAUACUGCAAAUGGCACCUGAUGGGAGAGUCAAAGUGAUCGCUGGACGACCCUUGCACUGUCCCGCACCAGUAAGCGGGUACGACAUGGAACUGGCUACAUAUGCUACAUUGGUGAUGCCUCAAAGCAUCGCAUUCGGAGCAGCAGGGGAUUUGUACGUAGCAGAAAGUGACUCCCAGAGAAUCAAUAGAGUUAGACUGAUCACUACUGAUGGCAAAAUAUCUUUGUACGCCGGAGCCGAGUCUAAAUGUAAUUGCUUAGAAAGAGGCUGCGACUGCUUCGAAGCCGAUCAUUUCUUAGCGUCCAAUUCAAAAUUCAAUACUAUCUCAGCGGUGGUUGUCAGUCCUGAUGGUAUUGUCCACAUUGCCGAUCAGGCCAAUUACAGGAUUCGAUCGGUGAUGGCGAGCAUUCCUGAUGCUAGCGGAACAAGAGAAUACGAAAUAUACUCACCGGAUACUCAAGAAAUAUACAUAUUUAACAGAUUCGGUCAGCACGUGAUGACCAAAAACAUUCUGACAGGAGAAGACAACUACGUAUUCACGUAUACCGUAAACACGAGGAACGGUAAGCUGAGUACUGUCACGGACGCCGCCGGGAAUAAAGUGUUCUUGCUUCGAGAUUAUUCCAGCCUCGUUAAUUCGAUCGAAAAUACGAAAGGUCAAAAGUGCAGACUCAAAAUGUCCCGGAUGAAAAUGCUCCAAGAACUCCGCACCCCGGAUAACUUUAAUGUUACAUUCGACUAUCAUCGCACAACCGGGCUUCUCAAAUCCAAAUACGACAGCACUGGACGCAGCUACAUCUACAACUACGAUGAGUUCGGUAGACUGACGUCGGCUGUGACGCCGACCGGUAGAAUCAUAAACCUGACCUUCGAUCUCGGACUCAAAGGAGCGAUUGUUCGUGUGAGUGAAAAUAACAGAAAACCAGUCUCCAUAUUAAUCAAGGGAUCCUCUGUGAAUACCAAAAUCGGGGAAGCAGAAAAGAAAACGAUAAUUUCAACUGACGGUAGCAUUUCUUCUAGCAUGCCUUGGGGACAUGUUAUCUCAACUGAUACUGUUCCUUACACAAUUUUAGCUGAAAUCGACCCAAUAUUAGGAGAGAGCUAUCCAGUACCGGCUAAACAAAGGACUGAAGUCGGCGGCGACUUGGCUAACCGAUUCGAAUGGCGCUACUUCUUGCGAAGACUGAUGUCAAGCAAAGGAAAGAGCAGCAAGGCCGUCGCUCAGAUUGGCCGUAAGCUGAGAGUGAACGGUGAGAACCUACUCACGCUUGAGUACGACAGAGAUACCUCUACAGUCGCAGUUUUCAUGGACGAUAAGUACGAACUCCUGAAUGUGACUUACGACAGAACCGCCAGACCAGUUAAGUGGGGCCCGCGAAGUGGCAUAUUCUCUGAAGUGGAAUUAGAAUACGAUAGAUUCAAUAGAUUAACACGUUGGAGCUGGGGCGAUUUGAACGAAACCUAUGGAUUUGACAGAGCGGGAAGAUUACACGAGAUAAGAUAUGGCGAUGGUUCUUCAUUGGCUUACUCAUUUAGAGAUAUGUUCACUAGUCUUCCGUUGAAAGUAACCACACCAAGAGGAAGCGAUUACCUUUUGGAUUACGAUGAGUCUGGGGCACUGCAAAAUCUCACCACUCCACGGGGCCAUAUUCACACUUUCGCUCUCAUGACAUCACUCGGAUAUUUCAAGUACCAGUAUUUCUCUCCGAUGAACAGGCACCCAUACGAAAUAUUUUACAAUGACGACGGACAUAUUCUCUCGAAGAUAUUCCCUCAUCAAUCCGGGAAAAUCCUUUACGUAUACGACGGCACCGGUAAACUGGAGACGGUCUUAGCUGGAGCCUCAGCUAUACGCUACGUGUACCACGAUAAUACGCACCUAGUUAAAAACGUUGAGAUAUCCGAUCCAGAUUACGACUUGAAACAAGAUUACAAAUACCACGCGGGAAUACUGAAAGAUGCGAAAAUGAAAUUCAAUUCAAAAAGCGGCCUCAAUAACGCACACUUCAAGUAUCAAUACGACGGUAACGCUAGGCUUUCUACAAUUGAUGUCAACAUCAAUAGCAAGGAAAUGCCGCAGCUAAGGCUGAAAUACAAUCAAAACCUCGGCAGCCUUGAGGCGGUUAGCGACCUGAGGAUCUACAGGAACACGUUCAAUCGCACCGUCAUGCAAGACACCAGUAAACAGUUCUUCACUAUUACCGACUACGACGACCACGGCAGAAUAAAAACAUUUUUAAUUAACAUCAAAGCUUUUGACGUCUUCCGCUUAGAACUAGAAUACGACGCGAGAAAUCGAAUCAAAACGAAGAAGCUCAUGAUCGGCGACACCGCCUUCAGCGAACGAAUAAGCUACAACUACGACGGGCAUCUGAUGGAAGUGGUCGGCUCGGAGGACGACCUUAAAUACAACUACGACGAGAACGGCAACGUCAUUGGCAUUAUCGAGCACGGCGAGAAACGUUAUCUCGGCUACGACAUCGGCGACCGAGUCGUCCAGUACGGUGACGUCGAGUUCAGCAGCUACGACGGCCGCGGCUUCGUCGUGAGGCGCGGGGAGCAGAAGUACCGAUAUAACUCGCGAGGGCAGUUCGUACACGCGUUCGAGAGAGACAAGUUCCAAACGUGGUACUACUACGACGACAGAAGCCGGCUAGUUGCUUGGAAGGACGACAAAAACAAUAUAACACAGUUCUUCUACGCCAACCCCCAAACGCCGACCCUGAUUACGCACAUGCACCAUCCUAAAACGGAAAAGACCGUCAGACUACUGUACGAUCAGAGAGACUUCCUAACGUGCAUUGAAACAGAAGAACAAAGGUUCUACGUAGCUACAGACCACAAUGGAUCGCCUCUAGCCGUGUUUGAUGUAAAGGGCGAUAUUGUAAAGGAAAUCAAGCGGAGUCCGUUCGGAAAGAUCAUCAAGGACUCCAACCCAAGUUUCUACGUACCUGUAGAUUUCCACGGCGGCAUAUUUGACUAUAACACCAACUUGAUAUAUUUGGAGAACAGACUUUACGAUCCCGUAGUGGGACAAUGGAUGACACCUAGUUGGGAACACCUGGCCACGAAACUGAGUCUCCCAACAGACAUAUUCAUAUAUAGAUUCAAGAACAACGAUCCAAUCAACAAACAGCAGAACGUUCCGUACAUGACCAGCCUGAAUAGCUGGCUGCAACUCUACGGAUACGAUCUCAAUAAAAUGAUGGGAUCUAAAUACAUCAACGACAUGAUAUUCCAGCCGAUGACGUCAGUGACUGCGGCGCAAUUGGCACCCGAUUUCGGUGUGAUGUCCGGACUACAAUGUAUCAUUGAAAAGGUCAACGACAAGCUUUCUGACAUAGAAUUCGUACCAACACCCUUACUCAAGAUGGAGCCCAUCACAAGAAACCUUCUGCCGCGAGUCUCAUACAAGCGUGGUGUAUUUGGUGAAGGCGUUCUCAUCUCGAGGGUCGACGGCAGAGCGUUUAUAAGCGUCGCGGACGGAGCCAACAGCGUCGUCGAAGACGUUAUCACGACUGUCUUCAACAACUCUUACUUCUUGGACGUGCACUUCAGUAUCCACGACCAGGACGUCUUCUAUUUCGUGAAGGAUAAUUCACUUAAGAUCCGGGACGACAUGGAGGAACUGAGGCGACUGUCGGGGAAAUUCAACGUGUCCCAAGACGAAACUAACGACCAGGGACUAGAGGUCCGGGUUCACGCUGUGGGUAAGGGCUCUGCUCAAGCUGUCAUAGUACUCCGUUACGGAGUCGACCCGGCCCAAGAGCGAAUCAAAUUACUGAAGCACGCUCACAAACGUGCCGCUACUAGGGCUUGGGAGAGGGAGAAAGCUCUCGUGGCGGCCGGCUGGGAAGGGCGGGGCUCCUGGACCGAGGAAGAGAAGGAGGAACUCAUCUCACACGGUAUCGUAGACGGCUGGGCAGCGAGAGACGUCCAUUCCAUAUCGAAGUACCCGCAGCUCGCCGACGAUCCGGCCAACAUUGUCUUCGUGCGCGACGGGAGAAGGAAACGAAGAAAGAGUGGCCGCUCUCGUCACCGCUCGUGACUUCCUAAAGCCUACGUCAAACGACGCCAUCUUGAAUUGAAAAACUGAAACUAGCCCCUUGACUGGGUUCAGUGUGCUUAGUGCGAGUUUUUUAACGUUCUCGAUAUCGUAAAAGUUAGCUCAUAUUUGUAUGGAAUGGGAUCGUUUGUGUACGUUUGC